CUCCUUUUACGGACACGGCUUCUUUUAUCGAUGUGGCUGUCCAUUUCUGAUAAGUUUUCAUCAUUGCUCGACGAAGAAACAACACAGACAUGUCUCAAUCUCAUCUUGCGCAAAUUUUCGCAUUGGUUUUAAUUUUCUCCAAUUGCGUUUAUGCAGGACCAUGUCUUCGAGGACAAUUCCGAUGUAAUAACAAUCAGUGUGUAACAAGAGCUUCUUUUUGUAAUGGAAUAACAGAUUGUUCGGAUCGCUCCGAUGAACAUUAUUGCUCAGUUUCAUCAACUGAGUAUGAUAAAAGAAUACAAGAAAUAAAUGCUUCAAAGAAAAGGGCCAUUAAUUACAUUUUGGCGCAGUCGAAGCAUAAUUUCUCAAUAGAAAAUGGGGUCCGGAACUGAACAGAAUAGCUGUUGCUUUAUACCUUGCUGACGAACCAGAAAGAGACUCACUUUCUCCUGGCCGUCAACAGCGAGACACCAUUCCUUACGAACUCAGUCUCCAGUUCUUCUCAAGGCUUGCUCUGAAAAAAAUUGAAGAUGUUUCAAAUACGGAAUUGGCUGCAUUCAUUAAUGCUUUCCUCGUGUCUUGCAUUAAUCCCAGAAAGUUCUACGUAGUAGACCUGGUGACGGAGCUAAGAAAGCGCGUCGAUUCACAGAAUUCCACAAAUCCGUUCGCAAUAAUCGCUCUCUGCAAUGCCGGAGAACAUAUCUCUUCCCAAGAUGUCGAGAAGCUUACCGAGAUGUUUUGGAGCAAACAGCGGGAGUUCUGGACAGAUACGCAAGCCCUUAUUGUAAUGGCAUUAUCCUGCGCUGCCUUACAGCCCAACAGUAACUUCGACAUGGGUGAGAUCAAAGAAAUGACACUGGAAUUGAAACAGCGCCAAUUUAGAAAUGGAACUGUGGAAAAUGUUAAGACGACUGCAUUAGUCCUUCAGGCCUUAUCUGCUUCAGAAACGGAGAACGACAAUGAAAAUUUCGACAAAGAAAAAGCCAUGAAACAGCUUCUUGCAAGUCAGGAAUUGGAUGGUUCCUUUGGAAAUGUUGUGAACACUUAUUAUGUUCUACCACUUCUUAAUAACAGAAGUUUGGUGAAUAUCAGCAACAAGCAUUGUCAAGAUUUCGAAAUGGAUGAGAAAAGAAGCCUCUGGAAUUUAGUGAAUCAACCUGGCCCAAAAUGGCACAUUCAGUAUUCUAUUUGGAUAGGAGAAAAUAGGGACUUGGAAAGGAAUCUCAGGCUGAGGGUGCCGACCAACAUCUCCCUCUACGCCAUUAUGGAAACGGCAGCUGAAGUAGAUUCCAAAUUCAGUUUCCAGUGCAAUGUAAGAAAAAGAAAGCCCUACAUCUUCUCGCUAUAUGGUUUACAGGAUGAUCCCGAAAAUCAAAAGUACUGGCUUCCCUUUUUUGUUAAAAAAGAAAAUGAUGAAAUAAAGUAUCUGCCAAUUACAAAGAGUCCAGCGGAUGUCAUCCCGCAAAACAACGACCAUUUUGUUAUGUGGUAUAAAUGAGAUUCGUGGAUUUAAAAGAAGGAAUGAAAAUAACAUGCUACUAUUUUAACCUCUGUACGCGUCAAGUUAUUUUUUUUGCUAGUGCCUGGAUUUUUAUAUUUUCUCACUUUUAGUUACAGUUUGAUGUCAAUAUUUUGCCGUAAGAUACAAUAAAGUAAUAAAAGUGAAAAUAUCACUGGUUUAGAAUUUA